AAAUAAUAGUUUUUUUUAAUAAAUAUGAAAUGACACAUAUCUUCGAAAUUCAAUCAGUUAAUCAAAGCUCGUGUCCCAUAUCAAUCGAUCCGAUUUAUAAGCGAAAAAAAAAGAAGAAUAGAAAAUAUUGCGACCACACCGAUACAUUUAAGAAUCCAUAGAUUAACUUCAAUUACUAAUGGAUUAUAAACAUCGAUAUGAUUAUCAUGAUAGUGGUUUUCGUUUUUAUGUUCUACUUAUCGUCGCAUUAACAUUAUCAGGUUAUUGCACUACCAACGAUGAAAUUAUCAUCAAUCAUUUUGACUUUUUUUGGAGAUCAUUAUUCAAUGUUUCCGAUGAAUUUUUUGCACAUUCAAUUUUACCGACAACAUUUUUUAACAAUCAAAAAUUUUUCUCCCAAAAUAAUCUCACCUCAUCAUGCCAGAAUGAUUUGAGAAUAGCUAUCGAAUCUGUUUGGCAUUUACGUGAAAUAUGGUCGGUGAAAUUAUUUAAUUCAUGGUCAAAAUCUAUGAUACCAGCUGGUAUGUUCAUGGGAACUUUAACCGAUUAUGGUGAUUAUGAUCAAUGUAUGAGCAUCACUGAUGAUCAAGAAUCAAAUCAAUCAUUGAUCAUACCACAAUAUUGUCUGAUCGAUAUGUCCAUACCAAUGCCUAAACCGCGCCCAACAACACACAAUUAUUAUCACCAUACUGAAGGUAUUAUUCCAGACAAAGAUUUGCUUGCAAAAACUGUCAAUCUCGACUUUAUCGCUGAUCAAGAUUUAUCAUCAUCGAUAAUAAAGCAAAUGAUAUUGGCACCAAAUCCAACAAUUCAUGAAUAUUUAGCUCAAGUAUCAUCCAAUUUUUACUAUUCAUUUAUACGGAGAGGAAUUUGUCUUCCCAGCUCAUGUACAACAAAUGAUGUAAAUAAAAUCAUUGAAAAAGAUUUUGGUCAAGAAUUCGGAUGGCAAUUGAAUGCUGUCAUUUGUACACCGAAAUCAAUGCAAAAAUGGAGACCCAAUGCAUUGCAAACAUUUUCCAUAUUUAUCAUCGGUUCAUUAUUAAUCGUGACCAUCAUAGCAGCAAUCUAUGAUCAGAUGUCCAAUAAGAAAAACAAAACAAUUAGCCAAAAAAUUCUCAUGUGGUUUUCACCCAUAUCGAAUACAAGAAAAUUGUUGUUCUCCGAAACUGAUGAUGAAAAUUUUAAUUGUGUUCAUGGAUUAAAAUUUCUAUCAAUUUCAUGGAUUAUUAUCGUUCAUACAUUAGCCUGGAUUGAUUUGAAUGGAUUCCGAAAUUCUUUUAGGAUGAAAUUUUUCCUUUCAAAAUUUUAUCUUCAACCUAUAUUCAAAGGAUUCUUUGCUGUUGAAACAUUUUUUUACCUAAGUGGAAUGUUGACUUCAUACAGUGCAUUGAAAUAUACACGUAGUAAUUAUCGUAAUUUGAAUAAAACCACUUACCUGUUGCUUCGAUAUCUUCGUCUGACUCCACAGCUCAUUUUAUUCAUGCUCAUUAUGACCUUAUUGCCACCCAUGUUCGACGGACCAAUAUGGUCACAAUUAAUGACAUCUAUUUCCGAUCAAUGUUCAAAAACCUGGUGGCAUAAUCUUAUCUAUAUGCAAAAUCUAAUCGAUAUAGACAAUAUGUGUGGUCUUCAUACAUGGUAUUUGGCUGCCGAUAUGCAACUACAUUGGCUAUCCUUAAUUCCAGUCAUUUGGAUAAUUAAAAAUCCACGAAAUGGCUUGCUAUUGACUAAAUUCUUUAUCAUUGCUUUUAUAAUCAUAACAGGAUUCCACAUUUAUUUGCAAAAUCUACCACCAGGUGGCAUUGUCACUACACAAAGUGACAUGCUUGAAGAGGAUCGAACCCCUGGAGCUUUUACCGAUAUAUUCUUCAAACCUUGGAGCAAUGCCUAUGUGUUUUUUGUAGGUUUUAUUUUCGGUUUCCACUUGUAUGAUUCAAAACUUGUUCAUAGUUUUUUCUGGACAAAGACCAAGAUUGUUGCCUGUUGGUUAUUGAUAAUUUAUUCAUAUUUGUUCUGCAUUUACAGCACGAUGCCUUGGAUUUAUGGUCAACCAUAUAAUCGAUUAUUGUCAUCAAUUUCAUAUCCAUUGAAUCGUAUUGUUUGGUCUAUAAUGUUAACAUUAUUGCUUUUUAUGUGCAUUACUCGACCACAAUCAAUGAUUGCCCGAAUUCUUUCCUGGAGAGUUUUUCGCCCAUUAUCACGUAUGACUUUGUCUGUUUAUUUAACGCAUGCAAUCGUAUUACAUGUUGCACUUGGCAGUCGACAUAUUUUAAUUGAUUUGUCCAUUACAUCGUUAACAUUUUUGUGUUCGUCAACACUACUUUUGUCAUAUGCUGUUGGUUCAGUAUUUACCAUUUUGUUUGAAAGUCCAAUUGUCAAUUUGUUUGGUUAUGUUAAACAUGAUCUACUUCGACAACUUCAACUUCAACAACAUUUGAACAACAACAAUAGCAUUAAUUUUAAUAAUAAUAAUCAAAAGAAAGAAAAAAGAAUAAUCAAUAUUGACCGAAAUACAACAAAUGUUUAAAUAAAUUUCUCAAUACAUAUUAA